UGCGUUUUGUUGAUACCCUAAAAUCUAAGAAGCUUCGACAUCGAUUUUGUUAUCCACCGUCAUCGUUCUGCUACGCCUCUCUCUCUCAAACUCUCAGUUUUGUGAAUUAGGUAACAAUGGGGAAGAAGAAGUUUAUUGAUAAGAAAAAGGCGGCGACUUUCGAGUUGUGUCCUCGUGAUACGUCUGACCCAAGAUACAGUGAUGCACCAGGUGGUGAUAAGAUCUUCUUACGAGUUGAUCAAAACCCUGUUAACAUCAAUGGUUUCAUUGAAGAAGAAGAAGAAGAAGAAGAAGAAGGAGACAGCUCACGGUUUGAAGAUGCUCCUGAAGAUUUGCCUUAUGGUUACUCUAGUUUCGGGGAAUCGAGUAUUAAUCCUUUACCUGCUCAUGUGAGGAAGGAGAUUUUGGAGUUAGGGUAUCCUGAUGAUGGUUAUAAUUACUUGGAGCAUUUGAGAGAGAUUAAGAAUACUGGUGGUGGUUCUAAUUUCUAUGCGAAUCCUAAGUUUGUUGUUGAUCAGUUACCUCGUGAUGUUAAGGCUUAUGAUGCGUCUCGUGUUAAGAUCUCUGGUAUGGUGAAUGAAGAAGGUAAUGAUAAUAAGUUGAUGUAUAGUGUGGCGUCGAAGACUGUUAAUGUCAAGGUGCAGAAAGCUAUUGAUCCUGAAGUUGCUGCGUUGCUUGAAAACAGUGAUGGGUCUGAGUUUGGUUCUGAUGUUGAGGAUUUGGAAGAAGAUUUUGUUAUUCAAGCUAAUCUUACUCAGCAGGGUGAAGCUUCUGGUGUGAGCAAUGUUGAGUUUUCUGAAAUUCCUGAGGCAAGGAAUAGAGAAAGUGAUAAACCUGUGGUUGAAAACCCGAGAGUUCCUCGUCAAAUUGAUGAGCUAUUUGAUCAGCUCGAACUCAAUGAAUAUGGAAGUGACAGUGACUGUGAUGGUUACAUAGCUAAAGAUGGAGAAGAAGAAGACUUCAUCGCUCAAGACGUUCAGAAUCUUAUUCAUGAGAAGGCGAAAGAUUAUGAGCUUGAAGAAAAAUAUAUGAACCUUGCAGAUAUAUUGAAGAACAGUGACUCUGUUAAAGAUAAAGAGGAAGUGAACACUGCUGCUCAUAUUAUCCGCCGAACUGUGGAAUAUGGUGAAAAUUUUGAUAACGGGAAUGAAGAUGAAUUUGUAGAGCUGACUGAAGAAAGCAGUGACGAAAGCGAGAAGUAUGAUUGUGAUACUAUAGUCUCAACAUACUCCAAUCGCGAUAACCUCCCUGGUAAAAUCCUUGCUGCAGAGUCAGUCAGGCAGAAGAAGCUGAGUGAAACAGUAGCUAAAGCAUUGAGUUCAAACGGCAGAAUCAUUACUCUCCAAGGGAGAGAGAAGAUUCCUGUCGAGUUUUUACCUGGUAGGAGAGCUGAACAAACCGAUGUCAAAUCGGAAAUCCCGAAAGCUGAACCGAUCAAGAGGAAGACUCAUGGUCAAGAGUCGAAAGAAGAGAAGAAAGAGCGAAAAAAUGCUGUAAAAACCGAAAAGCGAGAAGCAAGGAUAAUGAAGAAACAGACAUCUGAGCUGUAUCGCUAUGAAACGCUCCGUGCUCAGAAAGCUGUUGCUUCCUCUGGUCCAAAGUCGAAACAUCUAUAAUAAUACUGUUACGAAGGUAAAACAAAACAAUUCUCAGACUGUUUAAACCAGUUUUUGAAGUCACUUCGUGUAAUAUUUGCUGUGUUUUUUUUUCGUUUCAUCAAGAUUUGAAAAUCUUGAAUCUUUUUUUUGGAUGUAGACGUUUUGAAUAUUAUUUAUUACUUUUACUAGUCAAAUUUCGAGAAAGUGAUG